AUGUUCCCAAACGACGACUCUGGCUCAUACGUACCUCUACCAACAUAUAACACGAAAGACUCGGAAAAAGAACCCUCGCCAUCAUCAGAAUCUUCCUCACAGUUUUCUUCUGCAUACUCGACAUCUUCAAAGGGACAAAUCGAUCCCCGCACAAUCUCAGAUGUCACACUAGGAUUAAGCGAUGGUCUGACCGUGCCUUUUGCCUUGACAGCAGGUCUGGCGGCUUUGGGUGAUACAAAGAUUGUUGUGUUUGCUGGUAUGGCAGAGAUACUGGCUGGGAGUAUUUCUAUGGGGAUUGGAGGAUAUCUUGGGGCUAGUGGUGAAGCACAAUCUGCAUCUGCGACAAGAGCAACGACGAUUGCCAUGGUGCACACAUCGCAUGCAGAGGCUAGAGCAGCGGUCAUAUCCACACUGGAGUGUUAUGUUUCUGCAGCCCUGCUAGACACAGUGGCGGACGAUAUCACGGCUUCUUACGACAAGACCAUCGCUUUCUUACUUGAACACCAGCAUCAGGUUGACUCUGCUGAUGUCUCACCGCGGCUGUACACUAGUGCUCUAUGCAUUGCUUUCGGAUAUUUCUUUGGAGGCUUGAUACCAUUAUUGCCCUAUGUGUUUAUUGCUGAUGGUGGAGUUGCGUUGAUUUGUUCAGUGGUGGUCAUGGUGUUUACCCUGUUCGCAUUUGGCGUCGGUAAAACUGCACUUAUAGGAGAGAGGAGUUUGAAGAUUAGGAUAUGUGAAGGCCUCAAGAUGGUGGGAUUGGGUGGAAGUGCGGCAGCGGCUAGUGUGCUAUGUGUGCGUCUUGUGCAUCAGUAG